AUGCCUCCAAAGCGCAGUGCGCGCAGUGCGAAAGCACCUCCGAAACCGCGGGCCGUAGGGCCGAAGACCAGGGCGGCCAAGGCCAAGGACGAGUCGUCCGCGCUGAUGGAGGCCACGAAGGCGGCCGAAGAGGUGGUGCGCUCUCGUAGCAGCACGCCGGAGAGUGGUCGUCAGGCCGGGGCUCGGAGCAAGUCUCCUGACGCCGCACAAGGCAAGGAGGAGAGUCCUCGGGGCCAUAAAAACCCGGCUCGCGACUGGGAAGCCGCCGUCUUUGACUGCACGAUGGUCCAGUACUCCGGUGAGAGUUCACCCGACGACGAGAACGUCUCGGAGGGCAGCACACACGCUGCCGAAGGCACGGAGCUGGCGGCAGGCGACAUGACCAACGCCUCGGCCGACGCAAAGGCCUCGUCAGAGAAGGAGGCGGAGGACGCCGAGUCCGGCUCAGGCGACAGCAAGCAGUCGCACGACGAAGUCGCCAUGGCCGACGCUGGGGUCGUGGCCGAGAAGUCGCCGAGCGAUGCGGGCUCCAAGCCCAAGGAGGUGCUGGCAUCCAGGCAUCUGACGCUGGCACAAGGUCAUGAGCGUGCCCAAGCAUCGAAAGCGGCUGCCCAUGCGAAGGCCGCCGAGGCCAAGGCGAAGAAGCGUUCAGCUUCCAGGUCGCCUCGCGGCUCCAGCUCCAAGCUGUUCAUCGACUCGGAGUCUGAGGACGAGGAGGGUGCCGUCCACGAGCCCAAGGAGCUCUCCAACAACCUCGACGAGCAGCAGCAGCAAUACCACGCUGCUAGCUCGGGUGCGUAUGCCAGGCAGCCGACUGCCAGGACUGCCAUCGAGUCUUCUUUAGGCGGGGAUGCCACGUACCCGCAGGGCUACUUCCCGCCCGAGCCUGGCACUGGUGCGCCAGCGCUGUUGGAGAAGCUCUCGGCUCCUCGUGGCCUUAUCCGCGGGUACACCUCGAGGGGUUCCUAUGAGCGUGCUCUUGUUGAGAAAGAGCCACUCUUUCUUGGCGACGUUGAAGUCGCCCGGUGUGUGCUACUAGCACCACACAAGUUCACACUGAAGGAGUUCACCACGCUUCGCAAGAAGCCGGAGGACAAGGGUGGACUCCAUCCUGUGUGGGGUUUCCACUGGGUCAAGCCGAAUGACAACAUGACCUGGAGCGAGGUGGAAGACCUCUUCUGGCGCUACGUCCAGCGCAAAGGGUAUUCCGACCAAGAGUUCAAAGAACUCCGUGAGGAUCGCACUCUGUCCGCAAUCCUGGACGUGCGCGAGCUCCGCAUCGAGUUCGCUCAACUCGUGAGCAAGCGCAAGCUCCACUCGAAGAUGGACGAGCUGAAGCAAGAGGCGAGAGCCAAAGCUCGUGAAGAGCGUGGGCGUGGUGCGACUACGUCUGCUACCGUGCCCCGGCUGCUCAACGGGCUCCCACGAGUUAUCCGACUCAGGGUAACCCCUCCACUUCACGAGCAGCUGGCGCUUGCCAUGGAGCCGCCGCUCCCGGACGUCUCGUUCCACGUGGUAGUGGAUCUGACCAUUACGAUCAAGGAGGGCCGGUGGUGGCCUCGCACGGCCAUGGCUACGAGCCUGAGGCGACGCAGCCAGGAGAUUCGUCUUCUCCGGGACCGUGUGUACGUCCUCGAGAUCGCGCUUGGCGUCGGCCUUGGUGGCGAGGCUGCCGCUCGUGCUGGCCAGCCUGGUGCCGUGGAGCGGCUCCGUGAGGAUGUUGCCUCGCUCUAUCAAGAAACUCGCAGUCUCCAUGGCCGUGUGGAUCGUCGAGCCGACCUGUCGUCUUACGACUCGCUGCGAAACCAGCUCGCUGGCCUUCGGGCCAAGCUUCAUGGCCACGCGCCGUAUCCGGAGCAGCAGCAGCCCCACUCGUAUCAGGCCCAGUUUGGCCAGGGCUCGUACGGGGCCCCUGCGUAUGCUGCUCCGAUGUACGCCGCGCCGUCUUACGACCAGCGCGCGUAUCAGGCGCCUUACCGCGACCCGACGCCGCGCUUCGAGGAGCUGCGCUCUUCUCCACCGGGCCACCCACCGAUUCCUGCGGGGCAGCCAGAGCCAGAGGGUCAUGGUACCUCUUAA